GAGACUGCGCUGGUCUGGGGGCUGCCAAUUCGUAUUGCUGUCUUAAUUGCAGAACCUGCAGCCAGCCGCCUGCCUUGUUAGUGGACAAGAUCCAACGGGUUUGACUUUUCUAAAGCACCACUGACACCCCUUAAGGUGUCUGCUCAUCAUGUCGGAAAGCGUUCCUCCUACUGAAGCAGAUGUGCUUCGUUCAGACCUUGGGUUUCGAUCUGGCUGCAGGACGGUGCUUAAUACUUUCCGGGAAUCAGAGAUCUCUCCACCUCUUUCUCCACAACUACCUCUUACUCCAGUCUUGAGUAUAACGUGGGAUUUUGGGAACCUCAGCACACUAGGAGGGGACACUCCAAGACGCUGCCUAGAUCUUUCCAAUCUCAGUAACGGGGACGAGGAAAUUGCCUUCAACUUCAGCCAGUCCUCAAAAACUUUGGAAAAUGAUCAGAAGGACUCAGGAGAACUUCAGGAUCAACCCAAAGGCUCCAGAAGGCAAGGUGUGCAGCUGUUCCAACCCCAGGUACGAUGCAGCACCCCAGACCUCCCGCAUGGAAUUCACUGUGUAACUGGGGAGGACAGCAGUCCUUCCAUAAUCAAAGAGAAUGAAGGCAAACUGUAUGAUCAUCUAGGAUGGCCAAAGUCCCUGUUGUUCCGGAAAAGACUACCAAAUUCACAGCUGGCCAGUUACAAUGCAAUGCUGGAAGCUGGGGACCUAGAGAUCAAAGACCUUGGCAGUCCAAUUGCUUCAGUGGAAACGGCAAGAGCUCCAGAUAGCCUGGACAGCUUUCCAGAGAUGUAUCCCAGUAAUCAGGAAGAGUCAGAGAGGCCUCACACUGGGCAUCAUCACUCCAGCAUGGCUGCCUUAUUGUCUGGACCUCUCCUCACCCAGGACAUCAAUAUCAGUGAGGUCUCAUUGAACAAGAGCCGCCUCUUCCGAUCACCAUCACUGCCAGAGAAACUGAACAGACCUAUGUUGAAGAGGGUAAUAAAAGCCCAAGAUGAUCAAAUGGCUUCCAAGGUGAAAUGGAAGAAUAGUACAAUCCAAGAAGAGGCAGAUGGGACCAUGUUUUUGAAGAAGACAGCCUCCCUGUCAGACAUUGAAAUUGUCAAAGCACUUGAUCAAGACUCCAGCUUCAGACAGCUGAUUGGGGAUUUCUCCAAUGUAUAUUCACUGCCAACAGUAUCAGGAAGGCAUCAGGACCUGAGAUACAUCACUUCUGAGACUAUGGCUGCUCUGAUACAUGAUCAGUUCCAAAGCCUCAUAGAGAAGUUUUUCAUCAUUGACUGUCGUUACCCCUAUGAGUAUCAUGGGGGGCACAUCAAGGGGGCUUUAAAUAUCCACAGGCAAGAUGAUCUCUUUGAUUUCUUUCUGAAGAAGCCUCUUCUCCCGCCAGCACCACAGAAGCGCCUCAUCCUUGUCUUCCACUGUGAAUAUUCUUCUGAGAGGGGACCCAAGAUGUGCCGCUAUUUGAGGGAGGAAGACCGAGGCAUGAAUGAAUAUCCUGCGCUACACUACCCUGAACUUUAUCUCCUUCAAGGUGGUUACAAGGAUUUCUUCCUAGCAUACAAGGAACUGUGUGAGCCCCAGAGCUACUGUCCCAUGCGUCACCAAGACUUCAAAGCAGAGAUGCUGAAGUUUCAUGUCAAAAGCAAGACAUGGGCAGGAGUAAAGAAGCGGAAGGAUUAUCUUGCCUGUCUCAUGAAGCUGUGAGGUCAGAGACAAUAGAUAAGAACUUCAGGGUUGUUUGAAGAGGACUCUUCAUGGUCUAUGACAAAGCCCAAGGUCUUGGUAAAAAUUGUGCUGCUCAGAAGUGAAGGAAGUGAGUGUGCUAAGACCAAGUGGGCACGGCAAUGGAGGGAAGAAGAACUUGAGAAUGUUAGAAUUCUUUUGUGGACAUAGUCUUUACUUGGGUAAGGAUUGGGCCCAGAAAUGAAGCUUUGCACUAGAUGAGAGGAACAAAGGCCUUGCUCAGAGAGUUUGGCUAACACCCUUAAGGUUUCUACAGUGGUCAAUAACAGGCCAACCCAUUCUGUAACCAAAAUACUAAAACAGCUGCCAAAGAGACAUUAUGAUUUUUAAUGUUACUUUAAGAAUUUGCAUUUACUUGGCUCAUUUUAAAAGAAUAAACUGCUCUGGAAUAGAA